CCGAAUAAAAAUAUAGUUAUAUAUAAAUAUAUAACUAUAAAAUAUAAAAUUGUAUGUGCCCUUACUAAAAAAAAAGAAAAUAACCUUAUAUAGCUUUUAUAUGAACAUACUGGAUCAGAUUAUCCAGGCAAACCCUGCACUCGGGGCUUUCAGCAAUGCUAAAAACGUGAGAAAUGACAACUCUUCUCGCUUUGGGAAAUUCAUUCGCAUUCAUUUCGGGACUAGCGGUAAACUCUCCUCGGCUGAUAUCGAAACGUACUUGCUGGAGAAGUCUUGGAUGAAAGCUGAGAGGAACUACCAUAUCUUCUUCCAAAUAUUGUCCAAUGAAAAGCCUGAAGUACUGGACAUGAUGUUGAUAAUCAAUAAUCAUUAUGACUACUCUUACAUCUCCCAAGGAGAAGUAUCCGUCGCGUCCAUCAAUGACAAUGAAGAGCUGCUUGCUACUAACAAGGCAUUUGAUGUACUUGGCUUCACAGCUGAAGAAAAGAUGGGAGUCUACAAGCUGACAGGUGCUAUCAUGCACUAUGGCAAUAUGAAGUUCAAUCAGAAACAGCUUGAAGAGCGGGCAGAGCCUGACGGUAAUGAAGAUGCAGAUAAGGCAGCUUAUCUGAUGGGGCUGAACUCUGCUGACCUCCAUCCAAGAGUCAAGGUAGGCAAUGAGUAUGUUACAAAAGGACAGAGUGUGGACCAAGUGUAUUACCCAACUGGUGCACUGGCAAAGUCUGUGUAUGAGAAAAUGUUCAACUGGAUGGUGGUAAGAAUUAAGCAAUCCCUUGCCAUGAAGCAACAUCGGCAAUAUUUCAUCAGCGUGCUAGACAUCGCUGGCUUUGAGAUCUUUGAUUUCAUCUUUGAACAACUCUGCAUCAGUUUUACCAUUGACAAGCUGCAACAGUUUUUUAAUCACCACAUGCUAAUCGAUCUGAUUGAGAAACCCCUAGGGAUCAUGUCCAUUUUCGAGGAAGAGUGCAUGUUUCCAAAGGCCAGUGAUCAGAUAUUCAAACCAAAGCUGUAUGACAACCAUUUGGGCAAGACAAACAUUUUCCAGAAGCCGCGAGUUGGGAAGGGAAAGGCAGAAGCGCACUUCGCCUUGGCCCACUAUGCAGGUACUGUUGACUAUAAUAUUUCCGGCUGGCUGGUGAAGAACAAAGACCCACCGAAUGAAACUGUAGUUGGGCUCUAUCAGAAAUCAUAUUUGAAGUUGUUGAGUCAUCUAUUCUCAAGUUAUGCAGAAGCAGAGGGAGCAGAAAAGUCUGGUGGGAAAAGGGCCAAGAAAAAGGGGUCAUCUAUUUAGACAGUGUCUGCCCUGCACAGAGAAAACCUUAACAAAUUAAUGACCAAUCUGAAAACCACACACCCACACUUUGUCCGUUGUUUGAUCCCAAAUGAGAGCAAGACUCCUGGAAUCAUGGAGAAGUGUCUGGUCAUGCACCAGCUUCGCUGCAAUGGUUGUGUAUUGGAGGGUAUCAGGAUUUGUAGAAAAGGUUUCCCAAACAGGAUCCUUUAUGGUGAUUUCAAAAAGAGGUACAGUUUCCUAAAUCCAUCUGCCAUCAUAGAAGGUCAGUUCAUUGAAAACAAGAAAAGUGCCGAGAAGCUGUUAGGCUCACUUGACAUUGACCACACGCAAUACAAAUUUGGCCACACAAAAGUUUUCAAAGCUGGCCUGCUUGGUACGUUAGAAGAGAUGCAAGAUUACCAACUCGCUCGCAUCUUCACUAGGAUCGAAGCUUAUGCUCGUGGUAUACUGAUGAGAGUUGAGUAUCAGAAACUGGUGGAACGAAGAGAUGCCCUCAUGGUCAUCCAGUGGAACCUUCGUUCCUUCCUUGGUGUGAAAAACUGGCCAUGGAUGAAACUGUUCUUUAAGAUAAAACCUUUGCUAAGGAGUGCUGAGUCUGGAGAGGAGAUGGCAAACAUGAAGGAUGAAUUCAAUAAGUUAAAAGAAGCGUUGGAGAAAUCUGAGGCCAGGAAGAAAGAGUUAGAGGAGAAGAUGGUCAGUUUUCUUCAAGAGAAGAAUGAUUUGCUUCUUCAGCUGCAAUCAGAGCAAGACACCUUAACGGAUGCUGAAGAACGAUGUGAACAGCUCAUAAAAAGCAAAAUCCAGCUAGAAGCAAAAGUCAAAGAGCUGGCAGAACGUAUAGAGGAUGAGUAAGAGAUAAACGCAGACCUCACAGCCAAGAAACGAAAGUUGGAGGAUGAAUGUUCUGUGCUCAAGAAAAAUAUAGAUGACCUACAGCUGACAUUGGCCAAGGUGGAAAAGGAAAAACAUGCCACUGAGAACAAAGUAAAGAAUCUGACCGAAGAAAUGGCAUCUCUUGAUGAAAAUAUAAUUAAACUCACCAAAGAGAAAAAAGCUGUACAAGAGGCUCACCAGCAAACACUGGAUGGCCUCAAAGUAAAUACACUGACAAAAGCAAAAGCUAAGCUUGAACAACAGGUGCAUGAUCUUGAGGGCUCAUUGGAGCACGAGGGAAAAAUUAGGAUGGACUUGGAGUGAUGCAAAAGAAAACUGGAAGGAGACAUGAAACUGACUCAAGAGAAUGCAAUUGAUUUGGAGAAUGACAAACAGCAGCUAGAGGAAAAAGUUAAAAAGAAAGACUUUGAAAUUAAUCAGCUGAACGGAAGGAUUGAAGAUGAGCAAAUGGCUUCAGCACAGUUGCAGAAAAAACUAAAAGAAAAGCAAGCUCGAAUUGAAGAACUGGAUGAGGAGCUGGAUGCGGAGCGUGCAAAGGUGGAGAAACAACAAUCUGAUAUUUCUCGAGAGCUAGAGGACAUCAGUGAGUGCCUGGAAGAGGCAGGUGGGGCCACAUGUGCUCAGGUAGAACUCAAUAAAAAAAGGAAGGCCAAGUUUCAAAAAUUGCACAGGGACCUUGAGGAAGCCACCUUUCAGCAUGAGGCCACUACUGCCUCCCUUCAGAAGAAGCAUGCAGACAGUGUGGCUGAACUAGGGGAACAGAUUGACAAUUUGCAAAGGGUUAAACAAAAGUUAGAGAAAGAAAAAGAAAAUGUUGAACUCAAGUUGGAAUUGGAUGACCUUUCCUCAAACAUAGAGAGUGUGGUAAAAGCCAAGGUGAAUCUUGAAAAGAUGUGCCGUUCACUGGAAGAUCAGAUGAAUGAGCAUAGGUCAAAAGCUGAAGAUGCCCAGAGAGCCAAAAGCCAAGCUGCCGAGUGUGGGCUUUUAAACAUUAGUCAAACCAUAAAUAUGACUGAACAAAAUAACACAAAGGCAAUACUCAAAAAUGAAUGUGUUGGCUUAUAA